CAACGGAGAAAACCCUUAUCUUCAUAAUCUCUUUGAGUCAGUGGUCUCAUACAGACCAUUCAGCCGUGGAGAUGACCAUAUCGUGGCAUUACAUUGUGGACCAUGCUUACAAUGAAAUCCGAACCAGAAGGAAACGUUUUCCCUUCUGGUUCCGAUUUUUAUAUUCUCGUCAUCAGUCUCGUAGCCUUGUUCUUACCUUCAAUUCGGAAUAUACAUAUUCUUCUCGUUCUGAAUCGGUUCGGCAGUCGAAAUAUUGAUGUACUCUACAACAUCCAGCUCAUAGACAGGAGAGUUCGAAUGCAUGACUCGUUACUAGCUAGACAUGGCAACGUUUGCAAACUCAUCAAUUGAAGAUAAGGAAUCUGAUUUCUCCUGGAAGCGAUUCGACGGAUGCUUUUCGACGGAUGUAAUGGCCUGCGAUUUAAUCGCCAGAAGCAGAAACCUAUUCUGGAAAGUGAAAGGAAGAGAUGUACAGAAGCCAUCAGCCACCGCUCGUGUCAGAAACAUUAGAGCGACUCAACUGCCGCAGGCAAAUCAUGUCUUUGCAACCCAUCUUCGAUACUCAGGAAAUUUACAUCCCUUAAGAGAUUGUAAAAGUUUCGAUGUUCGGAAGAUGGAGUCAUCUGCCAUCGAUCGUGCAUGAACUGUUAGUCUCCAGAUGAAAUUGAUCAGGACUUACCCAUGGAUGGAGUUUGUAGAGUUUUUUUUAUAAGGUGGUUUGUAGAAAUUUUGCAUUAUCAAUCAUCUUUGCUGAAGAACCAGACCUCCUCAAUUACUAGGCGGCAUAGAAUCUAAGUCCUUCUAUGGUUUAAAGCACAUACUAAAAUUCAAGUGUAAAGAACAAAGCUCUUACAGGUAUCGCAGCCCCUGCAUUGCAUCAAGUGGUCAAGACUCCAUGACAUCAACAGAUUCUACUCCGAUGCAAUAUCACUGCUAGAUUGCCUUAAGAUUUCUCAGUAACGUGGAACAAACUUUUCUGGCAGAUUCGAAGGUAAUCGUUAGUGUUCGGCAUUACGUUCUGUAAACAUAUAAAUAUACGGCAAACGACCUUGAGGUGUUGAGGCAAUUAUAGUCGAGUCUAGCAUGGAUGCUGACAAGAAGCUUGCGACUUUCCCAUCUGAAAGCUCUCCAACGUGUUGCAUGGAACAUUGUGGCCUGAACAACGACUCGAAUCUCAGAACUGAAGCACUGAGACUACUUCAGGUAGAGAGUACUACUUAUCAACAUGUAGCAGAUGCAAGAUUGUCAGUGGUACUAUUGUUCAACCGAAAGCAAGGAGAGGCGUUCGCUGCAAAGGACUGGCAUUUCUGCCCCCUCGUUUUCCCACAGGUUCUGGGACAUGAACUGGAAUGUUGCCAAUGUAUCAGAUACUUAUGACUUGGGAGAGACAGGGAGGCCGUAGACAGAGAGAGCAAGCGACAGCGCGCAGUGGCGAGAGCGAGAGCGCGCAGUGCUGAGAGCGAGAGCGAGAGCGUGCAGUGGCGAGAGGGAGAGCGCGCAAUGGCGAGAGGGAGAGCGCGCAAUGGCGAGAGCGAGAGCUAGAGCUAGAGCCGAGACAGAGAGAGCCAUCGACAGCGAGAGCGAGGGGUCACUGAGGAAAGACAUGAACUCGACUGACGACUGACAGUCAGUCAAGAAUCGAGGGCCUUUUCUUUGCUUUAUUUCCUCCUUUGUCUAAGACUGACAAAACUGUAAAAUUAAAUGGUUACAAACCCAAAAGUCCAGAGUAAAAAUCCAACGAUUUUUCGAGGUUCUCGCAGCCAAGGGCGACAUGAUUCAGCCCUGUGAACU